CUUGCCCCGGGCUGAGCUUGUUGUGAGCUAGCGCAUCGAACCUUGUUGCUCUUCCGCUGGCGUGUGACUGUCACCGGUCAGGACUCAUCAAUCUAGGCGCCCACCCAGUCCUUCGGGUGGGCUCUACACCGUCGACGCCGCCUCGACGUCGAUGUCCUCGCUCCAUUUGCACCCUUACGCCGGAUCAACCACGCCGAGAAAGAACAGCGGGGGCAGCAGCGAGCUAGAACCUUUGCGGCGUGUACCCUCCCCCGCCGGCAUCCCACCGCCGACGUUCACCCGCCCGCACUCGUCUAUGCACCCUGUGCGACGAGCGACAUCACCCCUCCCUGCGCGGCCGUCAUCGCCCCUCGACUUCCCGGCUCCUGGCACAGGUGGCAGGCGCACUUUCCGUCCGCGCCGAAGGUUGCUCCAGGCCGUCGCGUGCUUCGCGCUCUUCUGCUUGCUAGGGGCGCUCCUCUCGGUCGAUAGGAGACACGUGCAGAAGUAUAUCCCCGCUACGCCGUCCUAUGGGCUAGGGUUCUAUGGAUGGAGAGCAAAGAGGCCGAAGGUAGCUAGCGAGGGUGCGCUGAGGAUGAGGGGCCAGAAGAGCAGUAUCAGGACGAACUUGAGGACGGAUAACAAAUAUAUUACGGCCUGGUUUCAUGCUGGUUGGACGAACGACGUAAUGAUGGCGUUUAACUUAAUACAUCUCGCAAAAUUGACCGGGCGUAUCCCGAUCCUCCCUCCUUUCCCUCCCGAUAAUGCGCAUCUUGUUGGCGGACACGGUCUUGCCGCGGGGUUCAUCACCUUUAGCCAAAUUUUCGACCUUCCCCGGCUGGCACACGACAUAGGCACGCCUAUCGUGGAGAUGCACGAGCUGAAGAGUAUGCAACCGCACACGAUCAAAAUCUACGGUGUGGAGGAGGGACUGCUGGAGGAACCUCCAGAGAUGGACGUGAUCGGCUGCUGGUCGACGUGGUUGUCGACCUGCGAUGAUGGGUGUAUCCAUGCCCGGGCGGCGGAGGAGCCAGGCGUGUACAUGCUCAACGUGCACUAUACACCCAUCCCACCCUCUUUCCGCCGGGCGAUGCCCUGGGAGCCCAUCACCUUCGAGAACAUGACGAACAUCGCCAGGCCGCAGCCGAACCCUCUGCUGCAAUACUACCUCAAGCCCUCCAACGAGCUCACAGACUUUGUCAAGCAGCGGCAUAUCCCGCUUGCCAACCCAGCCCCAGACGAGCAUAUAGCGUGCUUCGACUUUCUGUACUUCGUGAGCGAGACAGGGCUGGAAGUGCAUCAGGAGUAUACGGGGAGGACGGAGGCUGGAAGGUGGGCUGGCGCGUGGGGGGAUGUGGGGAGGUAUGCGAGGUGGACACCGGAGCUCGAAGAUCUGGCGAGGGGUUAUCUCAGGAGGGCAUUUAAGCUUCCCGACAGGCCUGGCGUGACGAUCCCACCCUUCAUCGGCAUCCAUAUCCGCCGAGGAGACUUUGGCAAGCUCUGUCCACAGGAGCAGCCUGACUGCCUCCCCACAGUAGCGGACCACGUCGAUCGGCUCUCCCUCAUCCGGGGAAACCUUACCGAGCGACUGGGACACGCGCCAGAGUACUACCUCAUGACCACUGACGAGACGGACAAGGGGUUUUUGUACGAGGCUGUACGCGCUGGGUGGACGCUCGUGGAUCAUGAAAAGGAACGGACGGUCGAGAGGUUUGGCAUGUGGUAUCCUACACUGUUGGAUAGUGUGAUGCUGAGCAUGUCCACGGGGUUCUUGGGAACGAGCACGAGCACUUUGUCGAUCAUGGCUCGGAGGAGGGUCGAGGAUUGGAAUAAUGGGUUUGGGCUGUUUCAACCGUUCCCGGGCGGUAUGGGCCCGCAGUUUGACGAUUAGUGCAUUGUGAUGGCCGAUCGCCGCCUUUGGGGCUCAUGGAUUUUCUCUCUCCCGUUUGUUUCUGGUCUGCCUUGAUUCUGUCGGUCCUGGCAUGGGUGACUCGGGGAGGGAGGAAAGGGAGGGGAGCACAACUGUAGAAUACCUCUUCCACGAUUACUAGGUUUUCAGGAAUGCACCGAACACAGCAGAUCGGACUGGAAGGCGGAUGAGCCUCAACCAUCUGUAAUAUAUUAUUGCCCAAUGCUUGAUCUGAU